GACAGUGCGGGGCGCUGCUGGGACGGUACGCUGCUGGGACGGGGCACUGCUGGGACUCUGGGACGGUGCAUGCAUGCGGCUGAUGAAGCGGUAGCACAGAUGUGUGGUUGUGUGGUUGUGUGGUGCGAGCGAGCUGCGAGCGAGGGCUCGAUCCCGGGUUGCCGGAUCCGGAUAUAUAGGGUCCUCGCUGGGUGGGGUUGUUGUUGUUGUUUUGGUGGUGGUGGUGGUGGUGGUGGUGGUGGUGGUGGUGGUGGUGGGGUUCAUGAGGUCGGCUCGAUCUGGAUUCAGGAUUCAGGAUUCUGGACUGGACGGUGCUGGUGCUUGUUCAUGUUAAGACGAGGGAGGACUGUAUCGGAAAGUCGAGUUGUGGGGUGUAUACUACCGGUAUUGUGGCUGCUCGUCGUCAAAGACCUCAAAGUUUCCCCAGGGCUCGGGACAAGUAUGCAUAGCAAAACAGUUGCAACAAUUACCAUUCACCGCUCUCCAUUUUUACCAGCCGACCAGCCAAACAAAACACAUCAUAUCCACAUCGAGCCAGUGCCCCAGUGUCCCGUAUCCCAGUGUCCCAGUUCCCUCAGGGCCUCUGCACCACCAGCUCCAAGCUCCAAGCUCAUUAGGUACAUGCUCGUAACGACUAGCUAGAGUAGAGUAAAUCCAGCCAUCGGUUCAUGCAUGCAUCGGUCGAAUCAAGCAUCGCUCAUUAUGUCAUCACCCAUCCCCCACCCCCCAC